AGUAUAAAACGGCCCGCUGUCAGAUGUUUAGUACCACACACAUUUCUUAACUUAAUUUGUUCGCUUGUCAAAUAAUCUCCACAACCAAAAUGUUCAAACUUUUCAUCUUCGCCUGCUUCCUCGCUGUCGCCGCCGCCAAGCCCGGUGUCUUACCGUUGGCAUACACCGCUCCCUUCGCAGCAGCGUACACAGCCCCCGUAGCGGCAGCGUACACAGCUCCAGUAGCUGCAGCGUACACUGCUCCAGUGGCCUACUCUGCGUACUCGGCUUACACCGCUCCAGUGGCCGCUUACUCCGCCUACCCUUACGCGUCUCCUUACUCCGCCUACUACCUUCGUCGUUGAUUUGUGUGAUCUAGU